AAAAUAAUUGCGCGACCCAAAAUUUUUACGGGCUUUCCAAUCUAAACUUGUUGCAUUUAUUAUAUAUGGAACAUAUACAUAAACGAAACAAGUUUUCUUAUCAAUGGUUGCACAAAUAACUUCACAUAAGCUUAACAAGCUUCACAUCAAAGCUUGACAUAAAAUCUCUUAUCAAUGGACAUAGAUGGACACUGGAUGGACCAAAUGAUGGACACUUGCUGGACAUAACUGACAUAACCUAAACUUAAAUUUCAAACAAUUUGAAAUUUAACAUUUUAAACAUAGAUAAAUUUGAAAUCUGUUUUAAAGUCGUUAUAAUGUUGGAUUAAGUAUUCUUAUGAGUGUAUCAUUUGUAGUAAAUUUAUUAGAAGUGUACAAAAACAUUCUAUAGGCGUGCCAUAAAAAUACGAAGAAGCUAAUAAAUAGGUUUAAUCAGACCUCUACCUAUUAGAUCAUAUUUUAGAUAAUUGAUAUAUGAAGAACCGGAAGAAUAAUGAGUACCUUCAAGCCAAAAUUCAUGAAACCAUCAGAAACAUUGAGUUUCUUGGACAGAGAGAGCUCAUCAUUAGAACAAACAAAUUUUGUGUACAAUAAACAUAUAUCUCAGUCAAUUCAAACACAGAGACAAUCACUUCCCAUAUUUAACAACAGAAAUCACAUUUUGUAUUUAUUAGAAAAAUUUCAAACAGUUGUAUUAAUUGGAGAGACAGGUUGUGGUAAAAGUACUCAAUUACCUCAAUAUCUGAUUGAGGCUAAAUGGCCCACACAAGUAGGAAUAUGUGAACCAAGGAGAGUGGCUGCCAUGUCUUUGGCAAAUCGUGUUGCUGAUGAAAUGGGAACCCUUGUUCAAGGAGAUCUUGUAGGAUAUUCAGUCAUGUUUGAUUCUUGUACUGUUAGACCUAAAAUAAAGUAUAUGACUGAAGGAAUUCUACUUAGAGAGAUGAUGUCAGAUCCUUUGUUAAAAAGCUACUCUGUUAUUAUAAUUGAUGAAGUACACGAGAGAAGUCUUUAUACAGAUAUCCUUAUGGGAUUAAUGAAAAAGAUUAUAAGAAAAAGACCCGAAUUAAGAUUAGUUAUAGCAUCUGCAACUUUAAAUGCGGACAUACUAAAAAAUUUCUUUAAUAACAAUUUAACAAAUGACCCAAAAAAUGACACAUCUGUGAUCAUAACUAUUGAAGGAAGACAGUUCCCAGUUGAUGUCUUCUAUGUAGCAGAACCUGUCCCUUGUUAUAUACAGGCAUCUAUUGAUGCCGUUUUGAAGAUUAACUCUUCUAGUGAAAGAGGAGACAUUUUAGUGUUUUUGACUGGACAGGAAGAGGUACUGCAGGCAGUAAGGUUACUAAUGGAACACUCCAAUGAUAUUGAAAAAAAGCAGAAGAAAAAUAAAAUGACUGUGUUAGCCUUAUAUGGGUCUCUGCCUUAUAAUGAACAGCUAAAAGUAUUUAAGAAUGUCGAGAAAGGUUACAGAAAAGUUGUGGUGGCUACUAAUGUAGCAGAAACAUCAGUUACUAUACCAGGAAUUGUUUUUGUUGUUGAUUGUGGCUUUGUAAAAUUGAAGUGGUACAAUAUAGAAACCCAUACUGAUAGUUUAAUAGUAAUGCCAAUUAGUAAGUCAUCUGCUAAUCAGAGAGCUGGAAGAGCAGGAAGACUUGGCUCAGGAAAAGUAUUUAGACUUUAUACUGAAGAAUUCGCAAAGAAAUUAGCUAAUGAUACACCCCCUGAGAUAGUUAGAAGUAAUUUAACCUAUGUAGUACUCCAAUUGAAAGCGAUGGGUAUUGAUAAUAUAUUGAAAUUUAAAUUUGUCAAUUGUCCCCCUAUUGAAAACUUGCGCAGUGCUUGUGAAAUUCUGUUUGCACUAAAUGCAAUAGAUAUCAAUUGUGAGUUAACAAAUCCCCUUGGUUUCAAUAUGGCGGAGUUUGCACUCAAUCCUCUCUAUACCAAGAUAUUACUGUCGUCAAGUGAAUUUAGAUGCUCACAAGAAAUUCUAACUAUAAUAUCAAUGCUUCAAGUGGAAACCGUAUUUUCAAAACCAACCACUGGCAUGGGCUCCAUCAAGGCGAGAAUUCAAAAACGACUUUUUGAAGUCGAAGAGGGUGACCUAAUAACAUACCUCAAUAUCUACAACGGUUUUAUUCAAAGUGAAAUGUCUCAAGGGUUUUGUCACAAAAACUAUAUUAAUUAUAAGUGUAUGAAACGAGUAGUGCAAAUUAGAGAAAGAUUAGAGAAGAUGCUCAGGAGUUAUGGUGUAACUAUGACUUCUGCAAUAGACUCAACAGACAGUAUUCGAAAGUGUUUAGUUACUGGACUUUUUCCAAAUGCUGCUUACUUACACAGCAGCAAUGUAUAUAAAACUGUACGGGGAGAUAUUGACCUUUAUGUUCAUCCAGAUAGUGUUCUGUAUACUAUUACUCAACCUCAGUGGGUGAUAUUUUGUGAUGUUGUUCAUAGUACAAAACUAUACAUGCGUGAUCUCACAGUGAUUAAAGAUGAAUGGUUAUUAGAGUUGGCGCCCCAUUUUUAUCAUAAAACUAAACUAGAAUAAGUAUGUAUUGUGAGAAUAAAGUAUUUUAAAAUAAAAA